UGUCUAAACUCCAAACCAAUCGAGCUCAAGUCAAGCGACACUGUCUCCGCCUUCCCUCCCCUGCUUCAUCCACAAGUACACAGUUUUCGCAAGCCAUGGCCGCCGCCGCCGCCGCCGCCGCCACAACCCACCUCCCGUUCUCCCUGCAUCGCCCUCCUCCUCUUUCUCCUCCUUCUCAUCCCCGUCUCGUUCAGCGUCCCCAUCUCCUCGAGGUCCGGCCCCCGGCUCCCGGCCGGCUCGCCGUGAGGGCGCGCGCCAUGGGGACGGACUUGCUGGGCGACUUCGGGGCGAGAGACCCUUUCCCCGCGGAGGUGGAGAGCGGGUUCGGAGAGAAGGUGCUGGGCAACGUCGACACCGAGCACAGGAUCUUGAUCCCCGUUGCCUCCACUCUGUCUCUCGCCAAGCUGGAUUGCUCCCCUGUUUCCCCUGUCCAGCCCCCCAUGUCCCUCGACGACGCUCAGAAGCUCCUCCGGAAGGUUGUUGGGUGGAGACUGUUGGAAGAAGAAAGUGGGCUUAAACUACAGUGCUUGUGGAAGCUGAGGGAUUUCAAAUGUGGGGUUGAGCUGAUUAACCGGAUUUAUGGCGCGGUCGAACCUACUGGCCACUUCCCAAGUUUGCACUUGGAGCAACCCAAUCAAGUUAGAGCUGAAUUGUGGACUUCUUCCAUGGGGGGUUUGAGCAUGAAUGAUUUCAUCGUAGCUGCUAAAAUUGACGAGAUCAAAACAUCAGAUCUGGCACCUAAGAAGAGAGUAUGGGCAUAAGUCAAGAAAUUUUUGCAUUAUAGGAGAAGUGAAAUGCUCAAGAUAAAGUUUUGUGCCAUCCAGUUGAUGAGGGACAGUUCUCCAUUGUAAAUUGAUUCAUAGACUGCUGAUCCAUUCAAUGCUCAAUCAGCAGAUAAAUGAUGUCAUUCACCAUUAUUAUUCUUAGAUUGGUGGAAACAUUGACAAACUUCUUUUCCUUUUGAAUGUCUAUUCUUAGCCGUGUUUAUUUUUC